AGAAGAUGGCCAAUUUUUCAUCAGGACAAGGCAUUUGCUUCAAAAUUCAGCAUUUCAUUAUUCAUAUUUUUGGAAUAAUCAUACUGUUUUUUGGAACGAUAUUCACGACCCCGGAUGGCGUUAAAAAUAGAUCCUCAUCAAGUAACAAUAGAAACCACAGAGGUGGAGGUGGCGGCGGAGGAGGCCGAAAUAUAGGAGGAUUUAGAAGAGCCGGACCUACAAGGAGGUUCUUCGGCGGCGGUGGCGGAUGAGGUUAACCACCCUUUUCUAGCAGAAAAGGAAAACUUUAGUUUAUGGCUCUAUUGAAAGUAUGAAAUAAUUUGUUCUUUAGCAAAUUGUUGAUAAUGAUUCUUGCUGCUUACAAUGAUUCCUCUGUGAGUCAUUUAAAGCACUUGCCUGCAGCGGGAUGAACACUUACAAGUAGGUAUAGCUUCUAUAAACUAAUUUCUCUAAUUAUUCUCAAAUUCUCUUCUUCAUAUUUACU